GGGCAGGACGUUGACGCGCGUGGACUCUUUUAAUUGUUCUCUUCCAAGAGGGUUUUUUUUUUUUUUUUAGGCUUGUAGUUGUGGUUGCCAUGGCAAUUGCGUCUCUUCUCUUCUUCUCUCUUUCCCUGCGCGGACUCGUCCAAGUCAUCAGCGGGCAGCAGCAGGAGGGGCGGCCCGAGCCGGCGCGAGCCGCGAGCCCCUGGCGUCACCGCAUCCAGUGGGAGAACAACGGCCACAUCCACAGUCUUGUGAGCACCGGCUCCGCGUUCCAGGCUCCGGCGCGCGUCUACGUCAGCAGCCGGAGCAGGGGGAGGAGCCAAGCCGGCGCCCCCGGAGCGCGUCGGGCGCGCCCGGCGGCGCCACCGUCGCGGAGGGAUCCGUUCGGGUGGGCCGACGGUCUCGCCGUGGGCGGUUCGGUGCCGCGCGGACGUGAGGAAGAAGCGCCUGCCUUCAGGCGCCCGGCAGGGGGGGAGCCGGGCCCCCCCGCGAUGUUCCACCAGCUGGAGGAGAACGCUUCGGACCAAGCGCAGGGCAUGUUUAACGACGACGACGACACGCUGCUGCAGUCGCCCCACGGCAAUUCGGUGUUGUACAACAUGUACCCGCCCGGGGGGCGAGCAGGGGCCCACGCGCGACCACCUCCGGACGCGGGACACGGGACAAGAUUCUUCCAAAACGGGCUUCCUGACCUUGUACCAGACCCGUACGCCGUCCAAGCGGGUACUUACGUCCAGCGCAUGCAGAUGUUCGCGUUGCGAUGUGCAGCGGAGGAGGACUGUCUGGCCAGGUCUGCCUACGGACCCUCGGUGCGAGACAUCGACUUCCGGGUGCUUCUACGCUUCCCGCAGAAGGUGAAGAACCAGGGCACGGCCGACUUCCUUCCUGUCAAGCCCAGGCACCAGUGGGACUGGCACAGCUGUCACCAGCACUACCACAGCAUGGAGGCCUUCAGCAACUACGACCUUCUGGACGCCGCCACCGGCCGCAAAGUGGCUGAGGGACACAAGGCCAGUUUCUGCCUGGAGGACACGGGCUGUGACACUGGGUUCCGGCGGCGCUACGCCUGCACAGCCCACACACAGGGACUGAGCCCGGGCUGUCACGACCUUUACGCCGCCAACAUCGACUGCCAGUGGAUCGAUAUCACCGACGUCGCGCCAGGAAACUACAUUUUGAAGAUCACCGUCAACCCCAACUUUCACGUGCUGGAGUCGGACUUCACCAACAACAUUGUGAGAUGCGACGUCACGUACACGGGAGUUUACGUUCAGACGCGCAAUUGUCGAGUAACAAGGGGCUGAAGAUUCAUGAAAUUUCAACAGCAACUCCUGACAUGGGAUUUUUUUCAUUUAAUUCUUUGGGUCAUUCCAGCUCAAGAAGUCGCAUUCAUUAUAGUUUCUUUGUAUUUCAUGUGUCAUGGGUCUAUAUGGUGUUUUAUUAUUAUUAUUGUUUUUUUUUAUUAUUGCUUGACUGAUGUAUUCUGUGGUGUUACGUGUUAUUUCUUUCCUUCCAAAGAUAAUAAUAUAUUGAAUUUGAUGCAUCUAUGGUGAAGUACAUUUUAUAAGGGACUAUUUUCUGCUGGAGAAUUUGGUGCAUUUUGGGCAUGGAAAAAAAAAAAAAAAUCAAUAAAAAAAAUAAAAAUAAAUCAAAGUAACAUUAACAUACUAGUUUUUACGAAGGACUGUUAGGCCAUUCUGAAAAUAACAUAAAAUACACUACAUCGAUAUAGGGCUUUUAUCUUGAAAAUAUAUGAUUUUAUGCUUGCAAAAUUGUGACUUUAUUAUCUAAAAUAUACAACUUUUGUCUAAAUCAUAUUCAACUUUAUUCUGGCAGGAUUUCAACUGAUUUUGAAAACAAAUUUUUUGAAAAUAUAAAAAUUUAAUCUAGUAGUAUUACAUAUUACAUUUUUUAAAAAAAAUUGUAUUCUCGUUACAUUAAGACUACUUAUCUUGAAAAUAAAUGUAAUGUUUUGCAAAAAUAAACAACUUUAUUUCCACAAUAUUACGAAAUGUUUAGAAAAUAUACUUUUUAUCUUGAAAAUAUACACGUUUUUUUUCUUGAAAAUAUCUAUUUUUUCUGUAAUAUACAAUUUAAUACUGGUAAAAUUGUGGUUUUUUGCUUGAGAAGACAACUUUAUUCAAAUGAUAUUAUGACUUAAAUCUCGAAAUCUUAAAAAAAUACUUCUUGUAAAAUUACAAUUUUAAUAUUGAAAAUAUGACUUGAAUCUAAAAAAAAAUAAGUUUAUUUAAAAAAAAAAACUUUAUUCCUGCAGGAUUCUGACUUUAAUCUUGAAAAUAUGCAUUUAUAUAAAAUCCUUUUUUUAAAAUAAAGAAUAUGCAACGUUAAUUUUUUAAGAUCAUGAUUUUUUUCUCAAAAAUGUGUAACUUUUUCUUGAAAAUAUAAAAAACUAAUUCUUAAAAAGAUACAACCUUUUUGUAAAAAGAAAAAAAUAUAUAUAUAUUUUUUUUUUUUCAGGGUGGCCCUUAAACAGUACUUCUUCCUAGGUUUGUAGGUUAUUUAGAAAGUGUGCGACAUAAAUGGGUUGUGAUCGAAAAAACAAGAUCGCGGAUACAAGUAGUCAAAAUGAGUUUCUUCCGCAGGGUGUCCAGGUUCUCCCUAAGAGAUAGGGUCAUCCAGGAGGGGCUCAGAGUUGAGCCGCUGCUCCUCCGCAUUGAGAGGAGCCAGAUGUGGUGGCUGGGGCAUCUGAUUAGGAUGUCUCCUGGACGCCUCCCUGGUGAGGUGUUCCGGGCAUGUCCCAUCGGGAGGAGGGCCUGGGUGCGACCCAGACCCAGACUAUGUCUCCCGGUUGGCCUGGGAAUGCGUUGGGAUCCCCCCCGAACAGCUGGAUGAAGUGGCUGGGGAGUGGGAAGUGUGGGCAUCCCUGCUUAAGCUGGUGCCCUUGCAACCUGGCCCCGGAUAAGUGGAAGAAAAUGGAUGGAUGGAUGGGACAUAAAUGCAACUGUUAGACCUUGCAGACCUCCACAAACUCUUUGCUGAUUUGAGAUUUUUAAUAGAAUUUGUUGCCUAUAACAAUAAAUGAAAUAAGAGCCAACAGUGUAGUGUAGGGGAAUGUUCAGAGAGGAUGUGCAAUAUGCCUUCAAGUUGUUUAAAACUGUUAAUAAUGGUUUAACACGAUUGUUAAUGUUAUUGUAUGUCGGAUUUUAUACAAUAAAUACUGUAAUAAGGA